CCGCUGAUUCCGGUGUGCGAUCAUGGCUUGUCCAGAUCUGGGCGCUGAGCUGCGCGCACUACGGGCAGUGGGGUUUGCGGGGUUGCGUGGAGCAUUACCUUCACACUUCACGUUUUUCCAAGACCAGCAGAAAAUGGGCAGAUCCCAGGUAUUAGUGUCAUUCAAGGAUGUGACCGUGAGCUUCACCCAGGAGGAGUGGCAGCACCUGGACCCUGCUCAGAGGAACCUGUACAGGGAUGUGAUGCUGGAGAACUACAGCCACCUCGUCUCAGUGGGGUGUUGCAUUACCAAGCCAGAGGUGGUCUUCAAGUUGGAACAAGGAGAGGAGCCAUGGAUAGUAGAGGAAGAGUCCCCAUGCCAGAGCCACCCGGAAUUCUGGAAAGUUGAUGACCUGAUGGAGAAGAGCCAGGAAAACCAAGACCAGCAUUUGUGGAAAGUUGAUUUUGUCAACAAUAGAACACUGACUAAGGAGAGAAAUAGUGUAUUAGGAGAAACAUUUAGUGUGGACACAAACCCUGUUCCAAUGAGAAAAAUACCUGGUAAAUAUGACUCAUGUAUAAUGAAUUUGAAUAUUUCAGAAUUAAUCAUUAGUAAUAGAAACUCCCUUGUAAGGAAACUUGAGUUCAGUGCACAUGAGAAAUUGCUGCUCUGUGCAAGGCAUGAGACUCUUCAUGCCAGAGAGAAACCGUUUGAACAUGAUAGAAAUGGGAAAGCCAUCAGUCAGAAUGAGGACCUAUUUCAGCAUCAGGACAUUCAAACUCUGAAGCAGUUUUUUGAAUAUAAUGAGUGUGGGAAAGCUUUCCACGAAGAGGCAACCUUCAUUACCCAAAAGAGAACAUGCUUAUGGGAGAAGCCCUGUGAAUGUAAGAAACAUGAGAAAGCCUUUUCUGAUGAUUUGAACCUUCUUGUCCAUCAGAGAAUUCACACAAAGAAGAAUCACUAUGAAUUUAAUAACUGUGGGAGGAGGUGUGUUGGUGAGAAGCCAACUCUAAAUAAAUACAAUAGAGUUAUCAUUGGGAAGAAAUACUAUGAGUGUACCAAUAAUUUUGGCAAGAAGUCACUCCCCACUCACACUGAAAGAACUCACAAAGGAGAAACAAACUUUGAAUGUAAUGAGGGUGGGGAAAUCUUUGAGAAACCAAAUCAUUCUCCCCAAAAAACACAUGGAGAAAAGAAAACCUUUGAUGAUAGCCGGUAUGGGAAUUCCUUUUGGCAUAUAUCAGUUCUUCCUAAACAUCAGCAAACACACAUAGGAGAAAAACUCUAUGAAUGUAAUGAGUGUGGGAAAACUCUCAGCCACCGGUCAUCACUCAUAGUACAUAAUAGGAUACACAGAGGGGAGAAACCUUAUGAAUGUACCGAAUGUGGAAAAACCUUCACAAAUAGGUCAGGACUGAAAGUUCAUCAGCGGAUACACACAGGACAGAAACCCUAUGAAUGUAUUGAAUGUAGGAAAGCCUUCAGAUAUAAGUCAGGCCUCACAGUACAUCAGAGAACACACACAGGCGAGAAACCCUAUGAAUGUGAUGAAUGUGGAAAAAAAUUCUGUGAGAAGUCGAAUCUCCGUGUUCAUCAGAGAACUCACACAGGGGAGAAACCCUAUGAGUGUAAAGAAUGUGGAAAAACCUUUGUUUAUAAUUCAUUCCUGAUGGUACAUCAAAGGAUACACACAGGUAUACGACCCUAUGAAUGUAAUGAAUGUGGGAAAACAUUCUCCCAAAAGCCAAACUUUACUUAUCAUCAGAGAACUCAUACUGGAGAAAAACCUUACGAAUGUAAGGAAUGUGGGAAAUCUUUCUCAGUGAAGUCAAAACUCACUGUGCAUCAGAGAACUCACACAGGGGAAAAACCCUUUGAAUGUAAUGAGUGUGAGAAAACCUUCUUCCAGAAGUCAUCUCUCAUAGUACAUCAGAGAACACACUCAGGGGAGAAACCAUAUGAAUGUAAUGAAUGUAGGAAAACUUUUUCCCAGAAGUCAUCCCUUACUGUACAUCAGAAAAGACACAAAUUGGAGAAACCAUAUAAAUGUAUUCAAUGUAGCAAAACAUUUAGUCAGGCAUCAGCUCUUACUAAACAUCAGAGAACUCAUGCAGGAGAGAAACUAUAUACAUGUAACGAAUGUGGUAAAACUUUCUUCCACAAAUCAUCCCUCACAGUACAUCAGAGAACCCACACAGGGGAGAAACCCUACAGGUGUAAUGAAUGUGGGAAAACCUUCCACCAGAAGUCAUGUCUCACAGCACAUCAGAAAACACACAGAAGGCAGAAAUCCUGUGAAUUUACAAAUGAGGAAAAGCCUCUUAUCAGAAUUCACUAAUCUGAGUGCAGAGAGACGAAAUCCCUGUCGACAUCCUGAAAGUCAAGGUACCUUUUCUUACUUGACUUACUCAGUUUACAUUAGAUAUAGUGAAGGGAAGAAAUUGGAUAAAUAGGAAACACACCUUGCCCAGAAAUAAAGUACCAUCUCAAUGAGCAGCAGAUAUUUGAUAUUAGAAAUAUCUUAUGAAUAUUUUGACUAUAUUAUAGCUUUCAAAAUAAUUCAUUCUUGAUUGUAUAUCAGAGGUUUUAGCUGACUAGAAAUAUAGCAAUUUGGGAAUUGAGAAUAAAAAAUUCAUUCUAGAAAUAUACUACAUGUUUGUUUCUGAUAUGAUACAAAAAUUUUCCUGAAGUAUUAUGUACAUGUAGUCAUUGUGUAGUAGGAAGGUAAUUGAAAAGCACAUUUAAGUUGGGUAAUUGUAAAUAUUGUAGUAAACACAAAUGCAAAGGGCCGCUGAGUUAUGUGAGUGUGCUUUAUAAGAAAAUACUGUGUGUGUUGGUUUUCUUACUGGAACUCAUAGUCUUAUGUAAAUGUACAUCUAGUUUAAUAUUUUUUAUGGUGUGUUUAAAAUUUCCCACACUAAUAUUUGUCUUUUUC